AUUGAAAAAGUCUACACGAUUUCUAUAAUGAGCCAAAUUCCAAUGAGGUAUUUCCAUCGUUAAUUGACAUAAGUGCACAUUGAAAGCAUCUCAAAAGGAAAGAGCUAUUCUUUCUUCAGUUUAUCUCAUUAAUCUAUUCUUUCAGUUCAAUCAUUGCUGACAUCUCCAAAUGGACAUUUCAAUUCAAAAGAUUAUUAUUGAAAUUGACAGACCUGAUUUUUCUCGUCAAAUGAAUUCUUGUCAUCAAAUCAUUGGUUUUAUCGCCAAAUGGAUAUAUUAAUCCAUGUCAAAAUUGUAAAAAAAUCUAUUAAGAUUGACAGACUUGUUAGCUUCUAAUCAACAGAAGCUUGCUGAUAAUUCCUUUGGUCAAACGUUKGCACCCUGUGUCUUUACUCUUGAUAAUUAUCUUGACAAGACCGUCAAUACAAUGAACUUUAUUUGAUUCGAGUGCCAAAUUAACAUUAAAAGUCAUUAACCUUUGGACCAAGUAAUUUUUUAUCCUCAAGUCAAUUUUCAAAUCCCCUUAAUUUCGAAAGGAAAAUAUCGAAAAAAUGCCGUUAUCCAUUUUUUUAAAUAAGCUAUUUCAAAAUAAACUUUUAUUUAACACAUUGGCGCAAAGAUAUCCUGAGAAGAACUUUUAAAAUAUCGAUGAUGUGAAAACAAAGGUUAUAAUGAGAGCGCAGACUUUACGAGUUAAAUUAAUUCAACAUGAUUUAGUGCUUCUUAGAUCAGACAUUGUUCCUUGAAACAAUUUUGAAUAUAAAGUCUAACGUUAUCUGUAAUUUACCUCUCCAAAUGUUCUUAAGAAAUCAAAUUAAUUUUUUUAUUUUCUUUUCUAAAACAUCUCGAACAACGAAUAACGUUAAUGCUAAAGAUACAUCGUCCUUCAUAGUUUUCGUAAGACAACCGCCAUUUUGACAUUUUUAUCAAUACCAUGAUGCAUUUCGCGUUCACAACCAUGACGUCAUUGGUGGGAUGAACCAUUUUGUCCAUAUUUGGUAUAACACUCUCAAAGCAACUCUCUUCAUCAAGGUUUUGUACCUGACCAGUACUUGCUUCCUCACGAUUUCCUUACCACAGGUAGUCCAAUACCCGCCAAGAUCUCUGUUGGAGAUGUUUUCUAAUGCUCGAAUUAAAGUCUAAAAUGUAAUGCCUGGGGUCAAAUGAUUUUUUCUAGAUACCAAUGUCAUUAACAUUACUCGAAUAUUAAGAAUUCGCUGUUUGACGCCGGUAAAUUAGUAAAGACCCCCACCCCGACGAGAUGACAUCAAUUGAUGUUAAACGCUUUGUUGGUGGUUUUUCCGCAAUSAUCGACUGACAUUUCAUGAUUUUUUGAAUGAGUUUUUUAAUUGGGUGAAUAACAACUGUAAAAACAACGUAUAUUGGCCUCUGUGGCAAUAAAACGAUGCAUUUCUUUUAUUCAAGGCCAGAGUCUUUAUGUUUAGGGUGAUCAAGAUAUCAACUGCAACCAACAACAAGAUACAAAAUAGAAGUUGGUCUUGUUUGAGAGAAUUUCUUGUGCCAAGCCCAUUGAGAUAUCUAUCGACGGAAGCCUUGGCGGUCGUUAAGGACUUUGAACUGAACAGGUCAUUGACGGCCACCACUUUUGUACGCUGCGUAUAAUAGGUGAUGGUCAGUUGAGAGCGAGAUAGUCAACACUUCCUUCACGACUUAAAAAGGGUUUCUUACUAUGCCAUCUUUAACAAUGACUCCUCUAAACUCUACGUCCACUAACUUCACACCUACCACGUCUGCUCCAUUAUUUGGCUGUUCAUUUGGGCCUCUGAGCCGUCCUUUUGUGGUUGUACUUACAAUUGCUUACUGCGCAGUCAUUGUGGUGUCUCUGAUAGCAAACGUAAUGGUCAUCCGUUACGCAGCUUCACGCAACAAGAUGCAGAGGUCGUUUGAUCGAUUAAUUGUAAACAUGGCAGUUGCAGACAUCUUAGACGCGGUUCUCGGGGUACCUUGUAAUAUCGUGUACUUUUACAUCAAACUGCGAUGGUUUCCUGGUCUGUUUGGCCAACUUCUUUGCAAGACCAUGUACUUUGGUAUGAAUUUAUCCAUAACUGCUUCUGGAUUCACGUUUGCUGCGAUUGCGGUGGAUCGWUACUUUGCGAUUGCGCACAGAGCUAAACGRUCCCUUUCGCAGCGAACUGUUAAAUUCUCGAUUGCUCUGAUUUGGAUAAUAGCAGGAAUGGUCUUUUCAAGUGAUUAUCACCGAUUUAGAGUCCUGAAAUCAGCUCRAGGGGAACUUUUAUGUCUYCAAGAUGGUACAACAUGGGGCAACAAAGCAAUAAAAAUCGAUACUAUUGUCAAGUUUGUUCUUAACUAUGGCUUYCCUCUCUGUGCUAUGGUUGUCCUGUAUGGUAUUAUAAUAAGGUAUUUGUGGAGGCGCAAUUUCGCUGGGUACGCAAGUGAUGACAUCGAGAGAAAAGUACACGARCAAAGACGGAAUUCUGUCAAGAAACUUAUGACUAUUGUCGUCGUGUUCGCUUUGUGUUGGUUCCCUGUUCACGUGAUCUCAUUCGUCGCAGCCUUUCGAAAGGACCUAUUUUAYUGUACUUCCAUCUAUAUUCCGCUGACCUGUAUAUGGCUGGCUCAUUCUAAUUGUGCUAUUAACCCGUGUCUGUAUUUGUAUCUGAGUCGGCGCAAUAGGUCGUCUCUAGCGAAGCCUAGCAACACCUUCUGACAUAGGGCYAAAGGCCGCCGCGGGUUUGAUUAUAUAAUGUUGGAAAAGCUUAGGAAAUAGAACGCGUUACARCGUAUCAGUGAAACAACUUGCUAAAAACAUCGUGGACACUAGUGCAAAGUCUACUAUUGUKGAAUUUGUACAAUUUGUUAGUGUUUCACAGAUAAUUGAGUUUAAAAGAACUUUGAUAUGGCGGCUACAUGAUAAAAAAAACACGAAUGACAGAGAAAACGGAAAAUCUAACCAAUACAUGAGUGGGGAUGUGUAUGUGGGGAAAGGAGCAUUAGUCGUACAAAAGAGAAAGUUAAGCAGUGCGGAGACCUUGCUGUCUUUCCCAUUCAAUUUUCAUUUAUGACAAUCGCCAAUAGACCUAAUCAGCUAAUAAUAAUAACGCGUUUCCAUGUGCGUUACCACCCAAUUCAAAUCCUGCGAGAAAAAGAACUUCUAAGAAUUCAGCUGUGAAAUAAAAUUGAAACGAACAAUGAUACUUACUUCCGGGUGGUUUGUAUUGGGAGGAAACGUUUAUAGCAACGCGUUGGCCGAUUAGUCCUACUCAGUACGUAGGAAGAGGCAUGCACUGAUGGAAGGGAAUUUCCACACUGCGUUUACUUCAGGGUUUUCGACUCUUGUCUUGCGUAAAAGUACCACAAGACGCUGCGAAAACGUAACAGUGUGGACUAGACYUCGUCAAUCAAUUGUACAUUUUUAAUAAGUAUUUAUAUUGAACGCCAGGUUUCUUCACGUGAUCGUGCGUAACAAUGUGGAUUAGCCUGCAUGAGUUUUAUUCAGCGUUUUCGCGCGUAUACCCAUAGACACCGCCAGUUAAUUUUGAAAAUAAACCGAACUUUACGCAGGCUACAAUGUAUUCACCACAGCGUUAUAUAUUUGUAGGAUAUUUUGGUAUUUAUGUACAGAGACCUGGCACGAAAAAUAAUCGGUAUCAAUUUAAGAGCAAACAAAACCAUUCAGGUAUAUUUCGAGUUAUGGGGYCAUGAGAAAACUUACCCCUCAUCUUAAAAUUCGUUCCCAGAUUUUUUUGCUUGGAAAUACGUACUUAGUCUCACUGACUGUGAAUAGCUUAUCUGAAUKAUGUAUUUGACAAUGUAAAAUUGUAGUGUAAUUUUCUGUACAUAGACCUAUCAAGGUAAAAUGAAAUAAAAAAAUUUGUAGUCAA